CCUCCCUCCGCUAUUUAUAUCUCACCCCUUGGGUAAUUCUUCUCCUCAAAUCUCCACACAGAGACGGAGAGCCUGAGGUAUGGGUGAGAAGGAAGAGAAAGGAGACGAGAAGCCGAAAAAGGGAGAUGGGGAAAAGAAGGGAGGAGGAGGGGAGAAUAAGAAGGAAGGAGGCGGCGCCGGCGGCGGUGAUGGAGGAGGAAAGAAAGAGGAGGGUCCGGCCGCCGUGGUGUUGAAGGUCGAUAUGCAUUGCGAAGGCUGCGCCAAGAAGAUCAAGCGCUCGGUCAAAGGAUUAGAAGGAGUGGAAGGCGUGAAGGCGGACAUCCCGAACAACAAGUUGACGGUUUUGGGAAAAGCGGAUCCCUGGAAGCUCAAAGAGCGGGUGGAGGCCAAAACCCGCAAGAAGGUCGACAUCAUCUCCCCGGCCAACCCCGCCAAGAAGGACGCCGGCGGCGACGCCAAGAAGCCUGCCGGCGGCGACGCCAAGAAGCCCGACGACGGCAAACCCAAAGCGCCUGCGGCCUCCACCGUGGUGCUGAAGAUUCGUCUACACUGCGAAGGCUGCAUUCAGAGAAUCCGGAAAACUAUUCUCAAAAUUAAAGGGGUGGAGCACGUUAGCAUCGACGCGCUGAAGGAUCUGGUGACCGUCAAGGGCACGAUGGACGUGAAGAGCCUCCCGGCGAUCCUCAAAGAGAAGCUCAAGAGGUGCGUGGAGAUCAUCCAGCCAAAGAAGGACGACGGCGGCGGCGGGGAGAAGAAGGAGAAGGGCGGCGGAGGCGAGAAGAAGGAGAAGGGCGGCGGUGGAGGCGAGAAGAAGGAGAAGGGCGGCGGUGGAGGCGAGGAGAAGAAGGACGGGGAUAAGAAAGACGACGGUGAGAAGGCUGCACCGCCACCGGCGGCGCCGGCGCCGGUGGCGGAGAUGAAUAAGAUGGACUACUAUGGGCCGUACGGUUACCGCAUAGAAAUGGUGCACGCACCGCAGAUGUUCAGCGACGAGAACCCCAACGCCUGCUCCAUAAUGUAAUGUUCCGCGGUGCAUCUUACCGCUUCGUAGUGUUAAUUAGUAGCUGCUGUCUUCCUGUAAUCGAGAAAAAUGUAAAUAAAUAUAGAAAAAUAGGAGGAUGACGAGAUGGAAAGAUAGCUUUAGGUGCUUUUGUUUGUGGGUUUAAUUCUAUUUUUUUGUUGUUUAAACCUCUCUAGCUAAAUUGUUUAUGAUAUCAAAUCAGUGGUUAAUGAUGUAGCA